AUGGGCCUCACUCUUUUCCACAAUCUGGGAGAAGUGGCUCAGGAUUGGAUUCAAUCCGCCAACUACGCUUACAAAAGCAAGAAUGGCGACUCCCUGCUCAACCACAGGGACACGCUGAAGGAAAAGUUCUUAGCGCGUUUGGAAAGUCUGACCCCGCAGAGAGCACUGUCGAAAUUGGACAAUCCUCUGCGCGAGCAACUUCACACUCGGGGAGCUUCGACUUUUGACGACGCGGUGGAUAUCGCGGAGGAACUCGACCGGGGCCUUUGGGCUAUGGAGAAGGCUCCGACGGCUAAGCCAACAGCGCCGCUGCGGGUCACCGCGCGCGCUACGAACCAAGUUCGACUGACCGAGGCCGACAGAUACUCUGAAGCUGAUUCAGAGCGCCCACCGGACGAAGACUUCGACACCGCCCGGUUGACUCAAUAG